AUGCUAGUUGAGCGUGACGAUUUUUUUUUUCGCAUAGCAAGCCAAGAGAAGGAGGUAGAGCACUAUGUAAGCCAAGAGAAGGAGGUAGAGCACUAUGUAAGCCAAGAGAAGGAGGUAGAGCACUAUGUAAGCCAAGAGAAGGAGGUAGAGCACUAUGUAAGCCAAGAGAAGGAGGUAGAGCACUAUGUAAGCCAAGAGAAGGAGGUUGAGCACUAUGUAAGCCAAGAGAAGGAGGUUGAGCACUAUGUAAGCCAAGAGAAGGAGGUUGAGCACUAUGUAAGCCAAGAGAAGGAGGUUGAGCACUAUGUAAGCCAAGAGAAGGAGGUAGAGCACUAUGUAAGCCAAGAGAAGGAGGUAGAGCACUAUGCAAGCCAAGAGAAGGAGGUAGAGCACUAUGUAAGCCAAGAGAAGGAGGUAGAGCACUAUGUAAGCCAAGAGAAGGAGGUAGAGCACUAUGUAAGCCAAGAGAAGGAGGUAGAGCACUAUGCAAGCCAAGAGAAGGAGGUAGAGCACUAUGUAAGCCAAGAGAAGGAGGUAGAGCACUAUGUAAGCCAAGAGAAGGAGGUAGAGCACUAUGCAAGCCAAGAGAAGGAGGUUGAGCACUAUGUAAGCCAAGAGAAGGAGGUUGAGCACUAUGUAAGCCAAGAGAAGGAGGUAGAGCACUAUGUAAGCCAGGAGAAGGGCGUAGAGCACAAUGUAAACCAAGAGCAAUGGAAGAUAACAUCAGACUCUACAACAGCACCAUGUAAACAAAGAGCAAUGAAAGAUAACUAUGUGUCAGUUGUUGAGGUGGUCAGAGAAGUCGACUGA